UUGGCACUUCAAGGUAUAAACCGUGGGCUUCUUGUUGAGCAAUUGAUCGUAUACACUUGGAUUAUAGAAGAUUUGAAUUCCAGGCCCAGAAGCAGAGAUUCUUUUUUAGCAAAUAAGCGAUCUGGUGUUGACAUCUUUGGCUCCGUUGAAUCACGGGUGCACUUUUACACAUUGCAUAAUGGAGAAUCAUUCAUUUUGUGAUCCUAGCGCGGUUAUGAUAGUUCGGUUUCUGAGAAUGACUUGUCGACCCGCUCGCUGAUUACAAUGAAAGGUCGCAGAAGAAAGGAACUGUGGCUAAGUGCUACUUCUCAAUCGUCUGAAAAUCAAAGUUAUGGAGGAGAGCAUGGUCGCUAUUCGAUGAAAACCCCGACGAUGUCAUCCAAACCGUUAGAAAAUGAAAAUAGUAUGGCGCUACCCGAGCAUCCCAAGCAAUGGAAAUCACGGCUGCAGAGAUUCCAAAGUUCGUUGAGAAAGUCGAUACGAAUUAAGAAGGGAGUUUCGCCACGAUCAGCCUCUCUUUUUGGCGGAGAAUAUCGAAGCGACCUCAUCAAAGAUCAUCAAAAUGGCUGUGUGAAAUAUACCGCAAAACACGUGAGCCGGGAAAUUUUGCCAGCGAAGGAAAAACAGAAUGGAGUGUCACAUAAACACCUUAAUGGGAUAAAAACAAGUUCGCACUCACAUUACGUGAAUGGGAAAACAUCAUUUGACAGCUAUAGUUUUGAUAAUCGGAAAUUUGAGCAAAACAAAACAAACGUCAAUAGCGCUCGGAAGAAAAAGAAAAAUUCCGCGGGUUCGACUCCGAGCCUUGGUGCAAAUGAACUCAUCAGCGAGCUGCCAGAUUGCGGUCACGAAACAUCAUACCGUCAGAAGAAAACAUUCAGAUCAAAGCGACAAAGGGCAAAGACAAACACUGAAAAGACAUCUCUCUCAAAAUCUAAGAGCUUAAGUAUACUAACGAAUUUAUUUAAGCGAGCAAGUCAUUCAAAGAGAGAGCAUGACCGUGGGAAAAGUUUGUCUUUCACCGCACCUCAGUCUCCGCUAUCGGACCAUUUAUCAACAGAUAGUAACAACACUAAUUUCGAUACAUUGGUAACAGAUAUUGUUGUCAGUACCUCAUCCAUUGACUCUUAUUGUGAUAACGAUUCCCGUUGUAAAGAUAGCAAGUAUUAUUCUUUGAAACGCUCAAAAAGAUCACUGGUUUAUCCGAACAACAACAUUUGCAGGUCGCUUUCUAUGGACAAUUCAUUACAACCGUGCACUGAUUCACUCAUGGAAAAAUCGCGAACAUUAGCUGCAAUUCCACCUUGUAUACAAGUGGAGGAAUAUCAAGAAAAUCGCGGAUGUUUCGAGAGAUCGCUCACGGUUGAAUUUAGCCCUGGUUCCUCUGGGUCAGUGUCAAUUGAAACGGGACCUGCAUAUGAUCAAGAUAUGACGGCCUCUCCGCAUUCGUGCCGAGAAUUCGAAGCAGUGGACUCGUUUUCAAGAGGUACUCCAAAAGGUGGCCUACCGUUCGAAAGCAAGCGAAAUAUCACCCGCAAUGCCGAAAGGAAUCGUGACGCAUGGAAAAGACGCUCGGCUCCUCCUAUCUUGUCAAAUUUUGCACAUGAAGACCCGUUGAAUAUUGGAUCACCAAUUUUCUUUGAAUUGAAGACUGAUAUUGCUACUGAAGAAGACAGCCGUGCUCACUUGGAGCGUGAUAGUCUCAGGGAGCAGACUAUUUUUCCCGAGGAGAGGGAUUUAUCUUCCAAAGCUGUCGAGUGCGCUGAGCUCACGGCAACCGAAAUGGGGAACAGCCUAUCGUUAGGGGUACAAGGGCUUCAAAAACCGCGCAAGUGUAGUUCCAAAGAUGCCAAAUUCAAACUAACGAUCCUUCGACCUCAAAGGAAAAACGGAAAAACUAUAAACGAUAAACUUGAUGGCGAUGUGGAUCAUUUUAUCCAGCAGCCUGAAUACAUGGAAUGUUUCGAACGAGAACUUGACAGGCGGAAUUACCUGUUGAGCCACGGCUGUUCAGGUAAUGAACUUACAAAAGACAAAUCAACCCCUUUGUGCGAGGGUACUGAAGCGCUCUAUGUGCGUGAAAAGAUGAUUUAUGCCUUUGACGAUAAUAAUUAUUCACAAGAUUUUUCCUCUGUUAAUUUCACAACUCGCGUGAUUACUGGCGAAAGUAUAUCCGAGGAAAAGCUGACUACUGAUGAAAAUACAAUCUGUGAAAAUACGGGAAGUUUACCGAUUGACAAAGUAAACAAAGAAGACAUAGUUUACGAGGAAGACUUUUGUUCUCCGACUUUUGGACAAACAGAGGACGACGAAUCAUCACAACAAGGAGUUUGUUUAUCUUGCAGGGAAACGAGAAUCGAGUUAAGGAGUUCUGAAUUAAAUAGAUGCUCUCUCGUUUCUCCUGGUCCUUCGCCGAGUCCCGAGAACUUUAAAGACAUAAAGUUGCGUGAUCAUACAUGUACAUCUUCUGAGUUAAUUACCAGUGGCUUACGUGCGAAUUUUAAGAGCCGCCAAGGAUUGGCUGAAAGUCUUAAAGUGAAGAGUUUGCCUUGCUUGCCGGUAGGGCCUUCAAUUCGCAAGGAAGCAAUGUUUAACAGCUUUCCAGACAUUAGAAAAUUACACAUACAUAAUCUGACACAAAAAUUCCUCUCAGAAUAUGGAAGUGACAGUUUGUCAUCAUGUAGUUUAAAUUUGGAAAACAGUUGUGAAAAUGAUUCAGUUGUUGAAAACAGUGGAUAUGAAAUAAAGUCACCCCCAUGGGAAGAUGUCACGAGGAACGGAGGAUUCUCUAAUCAUUUGUGCCCAGAAUCACCAAAGGAGAGGCAGCGUGCCUACAGUACCAGGAUACCCCACAGGUCUCCAGUACAACAGGUGCUACAGACAGAGAGUCGCUCAGUUUCUUGCUGUCAAUUGGACAGUAAUGAUGAUGAUGAUAACCCUGUUUCAUAUACCAGCCCACCCUAUGUCAGACCACGCAUUCAGAGUCUUGAACAACUACCACCAUGCACAGCAGAGGUCAUCCUCAAGAAAAAGAAAAGUAUUAUGCGCAAAACCAGGAUGAGACACACCACCUCACUGUCCUGUGUCGACAAUGUCUUCAAUGAUAUGAUUGAUAAGGGCAAGCGCCAUUCCUAUGGUGGUUAUGGUGAUGAAAGCUUCUUGCAGCUUCCACAAACAUUACAUAAAUCUCACAGUGCUGAAAGCCCAUUGGAUAGUUGUAACAGUUCUAUGCAAUCUCUGAACUCAUCAUCAUCAUUCACUGAAAACGAACUGGGAAGCAGCUUCUCUUUUGCAUCUCAGCUGUCCCUUCCCGUUGCCUUUGAUCAGAGUUUGGGUCGUUCACGCAGUGUGCCUGGACUUCUUGGUGUUGACAACCCCCAGCCUUCACCCAUCCCAGAGGAACAUUCUUCAGUGGACUGGACUUACCUGUCAGGAGAGAACAGUGAUGAGGAGGAUGAUGAGAUGGAUGUACCGGAAGCAUUUGCAGAGGCCCUGUGGGAUCACGUGACUAUGGACCCGGAGGAGCUGAGUUUCCAAGUGGGUGACAUCAUCACUGUGCUGACUAUGACGUCAUGUGACUGGUGGUUUGGACAGGUUGGCGACCGGGUUGGUUGGUUCCCUGCACCUUUUGUUCGGGUUCGAGUGUCACAGACUUUGGCUGCGGACGAAACCAAACUUGCUCCUCCUGUGCGGACCAGAAAAGGAACCAAUGAGGGAUUUCUCUCAGACAAUGACGUCAGGUCACGUGUCGUCCAAGAAAUUCUCAACACUGAGAGAGAUUAUGUCAAGAACUUGGAAGAUGUGGUGGAGGGUUAUCUUAAUCAAGCCAAAAAGAGAACGGAUAUGUUUACCGAGGAACAGAUUACCAAGAUCUUUGCUAAUAUCGAACAGAUAUAUCAAUUUCACCAAGAAAUAUUGAGGCAACUGGAAGAGUGUUUCGUGGAAGGAGACCCGUGUGCGUCUGAGAUUGGUGCUGUGUUUCUAAAUAAUAGGAAGGGCUUUGAUAUUUACUCGGAGUAUUGCAACAACCACCCACACGCAAUGGCAGAGCUGAAGACAUUGAGUGAAAGCAACAAAUACAAACAAUUCUUUGAGGCUUGUCGUCUCCUACAGGAAAUGAUUAAGAUAUCGCUUGAUGGGUUCUUAUUGACUCCAGUUCAAAAGAUCUGCAAAUAUCCUCUGCAGCUAGCGGAGCUGAAGAAGCACACGAGACCAACCCACAAGGAUUUUCAGACGGUGAAGCAAGCCCUGGAAACAAUGAAAAACGUCGCCUCGCUAAUCAACGAACGGAAAAGGAAAGUUGAGAGUAUCAACAAGAUUGCGAAGUGGCAAAGCACGAUUGAGGGGUGGGAGGGCGAGGCCGUUUUAGAGAAGAGCUCGGAACUGAUUCAUUCUGGUGACGUGAUCAAGACUUCCAAUGGGAGCUCACAAGAUCGUGUCAUGUUCUUGUUUGAUCAUCAACUUGUUUAUUGUAAAAAGGACAUUUUAAAGAAGAAUGGUUUGACUUACAAGGGAAGAAUUGACAUGGAUGACUGCUCGGUUGUUUGGUUGAAUGACGGGGAAGAAACUUUAGACAGAUCGCCGCUAAAUAACGCGUGGAAAAUUUACAACUUUAAAAAAGAAAGAUGGUACAUUUUCUACACCAAGAAAGCCGCUCAGAAAGAGAAAUGGAUGAAGGCGUUCAAGGACGAACGACGCAGGGUCAGUGAAGACGCCAAAACAGGUCUUAUAAUAUCACAAAACACCAGAAAAGCUGCCAUGACAGCCGCCAAAGCAUCCGUCAAACAGAAGAAAGUCAAUGGGAAGAAAGAAAAACCGUUCUUGAAGUCACAGUCCACGACAGAAAUAAAACCCCCUCCAUCACCCACCCUGCGUUUACCAGAUCCGGUAUCAAGCGCCGAUCUCAGAGAGGAAGACGAAGAAGGGGAUUCCUUCGGAAACAGAACAUCUGUUAUAAGAAGAAGCUUUGGUUUACGAGGCUCGAAAAAGAGCAAAGAGAAACGUUUGAGUUCGGUCUAUUAACGAGGCAAGUCCAGUGUUCUUCUGUAGUCUUAGACCCCUUAUCUGUGAAUUUGACCGCGAUUGAGGACAGGACAUGAUGGAGGACAUCACUUUCUGGGCGUUGAGUCAGUUCGUGAAGGAUUGGAAACGAUAUUUCAGUUUGCAUCGCAAAUAAGUGCCUGUUUCUGUGCAACUGAGAGUGAUUUUGUGACUGGUUCGAUGUGUGCGCGUCAUUUAUGAGUGGACGAGAAUGAUCUGAACACCUCGGAUUCCGAAACAUGGUUUGAACAGGAGUUCGUAAAAAACUCUACCAACUAGUUGAAUGGACCGGGUCUGGCUGUGUGUGAGGAGCUUGAUGAAUAAUACUUCAUAACGUCUUUACGUUUAUGUAACCAGAAGUCAAAUAAGAAAUUUAGCACGGAGAGAGAGGAUACUUCUAAGAUACGUGCGAAAGUUGUGACGAUUUUGUCACUUCCGCUGAGGUCAAGCGUUAGAAGAUUUCCCUUUCAGGAAUAACACAAGGGUCAGAGGGCAUUCAGCAGCAUACUUUACAUGCUCGUUCCUAGAACAGCGCGGAACCGUAUUUGACAGAAUGAAUGACUCUGAUCGAGCUAGACCUAUCCUGACCCGUUUGGCGGGUGAAACAAACUGUACCGAAAUAACCAAAUUGGAGGCGAGUUUGUGCGACUUUCUGGAUUAGUGGCGCCGGCGUCAACUAGGGAUCAUGGCCAACUGUUCGCAGGCGAUGUAUCACCCUGAUCCACUAGCUGCUAUUUAAAUCUUUUAUACAUAAUACGAAUGAUGGAUUAUUUUUUAUUAGAUUUAAAUUUAUUUCAGCAUCUGGAAGGAUAAUACUUAAUCGAUAUUUCCUCUCACUUACUUACUUUCGGUUUUAGCGAAUAAAGUGGGCGUGGCGUUUAAUCAAAGCCUUAAUCGAGUUAUGACGACAAAAGGUCACAAAUUUUUUAUCAGUAAUUCAAGUAGAUAUAAUUUUUCUAAGACCCGGCUUUUAAGAGUGAUAUCUUCCAUGACAAAGCAAAUGUUUUCAGCUUAAUUUAUUAAAUUUGUAUGUUUUAUUCUGAAGUUAUAAACGGAGGGGGCGCGGUUAACAUGGUUUCAUAAGGCGACCAGGGCCAAAUUUAAUUCGGUCCCAGCUCCCUUUGUCAGCCUUGGCUGCGGGGAGGUAGGAAGAGUCAUCUUAUAAAUUUGUAAUCAGUUAAAAAAGACAAUAAUACCGUUGAGAAUCAAAGAAGAUGAAAAGAGAACAAUUGAUAGAAGUCUCAAACCGUGUACACUAAGGAAAUCCAUUUGGAGAUAUUUUAUAUUCCGUGUUGUAUAGGAUCUGUUUAUAAGAACUUAAUAAAAGAUAUUUUAUAUUGUC